UUUUCAAAGUUUCGAGGGAACCUGAAAAUCCUGAAACUAUAAACUCACACACAGGACACAGCCCUGUUGCUCUAUCUUGGGGAACUUCUUCAAGGUGAAGGCGUUACAGUGAAAGAGGAGGGGCAAAAAUGGAAGUGUCCGGGGGGAGUUUCGGCGUGUUUGGUGUCGGAAUGGACGAAGCGUAUCGGCCACUCCCUUUCGUCUACCUGGUUUUUCUAUUGAUCUGGUUCCUUUCGGCAUUGUCUUGGACCAUUAAUACCUUGAAUAAUAGCCAUUUUCAGUCAAACAAUCUGCAGUGGACGCUCGCCUCUGUUUCGUUGAUUAAACUUCUGCAACUUACACUUUCCUUUCUCUUCUGGUACUCCUGUUUUAAUUUUCAGACCUGCUCUCUGUGGAUGUCAUUUGGGGUUUAUGUUACUGGAGCACUCUUUCAGACAGCUUCUUUUGUGUCCUUUUUGCUCAUUUCUCAUGGAUACUGUAUCAUGUGUGAGCAUCUUUCAAUACCUGAGCGUCGUACAACAGCUGCACUUGGGUGUGUUUUCUACUUGACUCUAGUUGGUUACAGAGCUUCUGUACCUUACUUCACAGUCCUGCUGCUGCUUAACUAUUUCAUAUCAUUCUACAUAAUUUUCCAUCACAUAUCUCAAAAUCUCCUGGUUUUGCGUCAGCAAUUAAGUUUUAUAGAGGAUGAAGCUAUGCAUACGAUGCAUGAUGCCGUAUAUACAAAAUACACUAUGUUCAAGAAAUUCCAAACUGCAAUGCAGAUAGUAGCCAUAUCAGAGACCUUGAUAUACAUAAACACAGAUGGAACCUCAGAUGAUUACUUUCUCCGUGUUUUAGCUCGGGAGUGGGCACAGUUCUGCAUCUUCUUGUAUAUCGGGUGGACUUUCAAGUCACAGGAAUUCUCGCCUAAUUUCUCAGUUAUUCCCAAUCUGAAGUCUAAAGGGGAGAACAUGGUGCCUCCUAUCUUCAGCAUAGAAAUGGGUGCUGCAGCUUUCAAAGAUUUCAGCUCUCAUGAAUGGCACAUUGGGUUGCCAACUUCCUCUCCUCCACAUGCAGAAACUUUUGCAGAUUCGAUUAUGGUCAUAGUUCAGCAUCCACAAGCACAUAAAGCAAUAAGUGGAACCCAAACAGUCCAAGCCUAGCUUCCGGAACUACGACCAUCAGCACCAAAGAUUUGGAUUGAGGUUUAUUUCCAAGAAACAGGAAUCUGGUAGAACAAUUCAUGAACUGAAUUGGUAUAUUUGCUUCUUCUACCCACUUAUAUCAGUGUCAAGGAGGUGCUUCGAGAGAAAAUCUCUCAUGAUGGCAGAAGGUCAAGUUUUAAAUUGUGUUCAUACUUUAUACAUCCUAUUUCCUGUUAGAGCCACCUGAAAGCAAGGCCUGGACACUAAAGAGUCAUGGCUUUAUACCUUUGGGCUAGAAUGUUGAGCUCAUUCACUGCCUCCUCACCAGUUAAAAUGAAUAUUUUGUCCACCGAUUGUUUGUUUUAUUUGAAAUUGUAAAUGGAAUUAAUGAUCAACAGAUUCUUGUCUACUGUUUAAAGUCAAUAAAUUGGCAGGUCUCUUGUAA